GUGUUUUUCCCCCUCCGUCCGCUGCUCCUCUCGUUUUUCCUCUUGGACAGUCUCCAUCCUUUGACGGAGAAAAGCAGCAGCAGCAGCAGGAGGGCGGUGGUAAUCGCUGGCGCGACAGUCCUCUAUGGUCAGCGUUUGGACGGAAAUCCGAACGUCAAACCUGGAGAGACAGGAUUGCAAGUGAUUGCUAUGUCAGAGAGCGGUUCAGUCUCACAGAAUACAGCUGACGGAGAAAGACGGGGUCCAAUGGAUCACGAUUCUAAGAUGUCAGAUGAGUACAGAGACACGGAUGAUUCAUCGGAGAAAACACCGAGUAGGAUGUCCAGAUCACCGCAGAAAUCCUCGAAAAGACCAAAGACAGUACCUGUGAAAGUCUCACUCCUAGACGGAUCUUCCUAUGAGACUGGAGUGGAGAAGCUCUGUAAAGGGCAAGUGUUACUGGAUAUGGUGUGUCAACAUCUUAACCUCUUGGAGAAGGACUACUUUGGCCUAUCCUUCAGUGACACGGAGAGCCAAAAGAAUUGGCUGGAUCCUUCAAAAGAGAUCAAGAAACAAAUUCGAGUGGGUCACUGGCAUUUCUCCUUUGCUGUCAAGUUCUAUCCUCCUGAUCCCUCUCUGCUGAUUGAAGACAUCACACGAUAUUACCUGUGUCUGCAGCUGAGGGAGGACAUAUUGUCAGGUCGUUUGCCCUGCUCAUUCGUCACUCACGCUCUGCUGGGCUCCUAUGCCGUUCAGGCUGAGCUUGGAGACUAUGACCCAGAGGAACAUGGGCCAGACUACAUCAAUGAGUUCCGCUUUGCCCCCAAUCAGACCCGUGAGCUAGAGGAGAGGGUGGUGGAGCUUCACCGCACCUACAGGGGCAUGAGUCCUGCAGAAGCUGAGAUCAACUUCCUGGAGAAUGCCAAGAAGCUCUCCAUGUAUGGUGUUGAUCUCCACCAUGCAAAGGACUCUGAAGGCAUUGAUAUCAUGCUGGGGGUGUGUGCCAGUGGCCUUUUGAUCUAUAGAGAUCGGCUGCGUAUCAACCGUUUUGCCUGGCCUAAGAUCCUUAAAAUAUCCUACAAGAGAAGCAACUUCUACAUCAAGAUCCGCCCUGGAGAGUAUGAGCAGUUUGAGAGCACCAUUGGCUUCAAGCUGCCCAACCACCGUGCCUCUAAGCGUUUGUGGAAAGUCUGCAUUGAACACCACACCUUUUUCAGAUUGGUCUCUCCUGAGCCUCCACCCAAAGGUUUUCUUGUGAUUGGCUCAAAGUUUCGUUACAGUGGGCGGACCCAAGCCCAGACUCGUCAAGCCAGUGCUUUAAUUGACAGGCCAGCUCCUCAGUUUGAGCGAUCAGUCAGUAGGAGGUACCUGCUGUCCCGCAGCAUAGAUGGAGAAUCUGCUUUAGGGGACACUUUGGACCAACUCUCCCAGCACACCUCUUGUGAGCCUGUGCACAGUCUUCCCAGAGAUGAGCUGGACCAGGACUACCUGGAGGGUCUGGAUCAGGACUUGGACCGAGAUCAGGUUUACGAACAAGCUGAAUAUGAGCAUCUAGAGGGUGACUUCACUGCUUCUAUGACUGUGGAGCUCAAGAGGGAGGAGGCCGGCUCUCCUGUAGACUCUAAGACAGAGUCGGACCAGGACUUGGCCCCACGUCCUAAACAGGAGCAGUUCCUGGAUAAACCAGAGGAUGUGUUGCAGAAACAUCAAGCCAGCAUCAAUGAGCUGAAAAGGGCAUUAAGAGAGCCUAACAGCAAACUAGUCCACAGAGAGAAACGUCUCUCUGGAGCUUCUCCAGGCAGCACUCCGGAGAAAAAAUCUGACCCCCUUCCCACCCCAGCAAUUCAUGCGGAGCCCCAGGAGGAAGCCCAGAGAGAACCCUGGGAGAGAUAUUUGGGAUCGGUGUCAGAAGACGACCCUGAUCCAGACACUCUUUACCUGAAGGAGACCCACCUGGGCAUUGAGCGCAAAUGCUCGAGUAUCACUGUUAGCUCAACGUCCAGUCUGGAGGCUGAGGUGGACUUCACUGUCCUCAUGGACUUCCAAACUGGUAUCGAGGAAUUUUCCAGAGGCAUGUCAGAGCUGGGAGAGAAAGACUUCUCAACUGAGUUUGGCCUCUCUGACCGGCCAACCCAUCCAGCAUUUAUACUGGGAGCAGAUCACAUCUUCCUUCCUGAAGAGAGACCUGUGGAUGUACAGAGGCGCGUUGAGAAACCAAAGCCCUUUGUAGAACAGAAGCUCCCGGAGGAACGUAAACCAGAGCCCUUUGUACCCAAGAAAGCACCACGGUCAGUGAAAGCUGCCCAAGCCCUGAGGAAAGACUCGACAGAACAAGCUAAUGCCCUGUCAAUAAGACAGGAGAGCUCAGAAUCACCUCCGAUCCAUUCUCUCAGUAGAGAGUGCAGUGAAAUAAUUACCUCCCAGGCUCUGAGGAAAACCGAGGUCAAGAUCGAGACACAGCCCAAUGGCUCUGAGGUCACCACGACCAUUAUGGAGAUUUCAGACCCGGAUCAUGGCAUGGGCAGUAUGCGAGAGGCUGCGUACUCAAAGGUCUCUCCUGUGAAUCUUGGAUCAUUAACAAGAGAGAGUUCUGAUUCUCCUUUAAUGGUGACAGAGAAUGUAACAUCAGCCACUACAACUCAUGUUACUAAGACGGUGAAAGGAGGGUACUCUGAGACAAGAAUUGAAAAGAGGAUUAUCAUUACUGGUGAUGAUGAUGUUGAUCAAGACCAGGCACUCGCCAUGGCAAUAAAAGAAGCCAAGCAACAGCACCCUGACAUGUUGGUAACCAAGGCUGUAGUUGUCAGGGAAACAGAAUCUUCCACUCAAGACCAACAUGAGGAAUCGAAGUCCUGAUCUUCUUAGUUCUCAGGACUUCAAUAGAAGCCGCUGUUCUUCAGUGACUGCCAGUGGGUCAACAACAUCUGCAGACCUCUUACACCAAGCUACAAGACCCAGGACACCAACUCUUCCACUUACACUCUUAUACACACACAUACACAUGAAACACGCUGCCUCCAAGAUGUUGGAACAUGUUCCUUUCCGUGUAAUUUCUAUUUUGUGUCUACAUUUGCUGUGAUAAUAUGGACAUGCUGGUUCAGGAGGCACAAGGUCUCCUCAGCUGAGGACUGCUUGGGAAAGGACAGCCUUUACGUCACAUUGAUCAGAGAAACUGUUGUAGUCGCCAUCGUAGUAUCUUGCUUUGUCUUCAGGAAUGUGAAAACUAAGGAAGUGUACUCUCAACAGCCCAGUGCUAACAUUAAGCAUGAGGCAUGGGCUUUUUAAUGAACAUUGCUGGAGAUUUAGCUAAGUGGAGUGGCAGUAGUGUCUAUCGAGUAGUUUUUCUAGGGCUCAAGAGAUGUUACACUGAAGAUUUUAUUGAUCAAACAGUGAUCUGUAGAGAAAAGUCUAGCUAGCAUUCAUACAGAAUGUCCAUGCUUCUUUGAUCAACAAAAGUUAUGUUGCUGUUAGAUUCUGAACAUCAACUAUAUGUGGCAAAGCAGGGUUAACUAAAACACAGUGGUUCUUACAAACAGAGUGGAAAACAAGUUGACAAUUUAAGUAUAAUGAACAAACUUUAUGACAGUCCUCUAAAAAGUAUUUAUUUCCAUAUUGGACAUACUGUAAUAUGGGCGUACAAUUUACUCUGGAGGUUCCUGUAUCAGUUUUAUAGGUGUGAGAUAAAAUAAAGUUUUUUGAGUCAUUUCAGGCCCGUAAAAAUGCUACUAGUUACACUGCAAUUUGAAAUGCCAAAAUGGUAAUCAGUGGUAAACAAACUUUAGAUUUUAGAUACAAAACAUUCUAAUAUUUGACAGUUUUGAAAUGCACGGUACAAGAUAUUAACAAGUUUGCUUGUUUGCUCUUUCUACCCCUACUGUUAAUAAAUUAAAAAUAAAGCCCAGAUGCCAAAAUGAAUUUGAGUUGUAUACAUGCUGACAGCUGUUGUGUAAUUGACCAAUGCGUGUUAUGCAUUAAAAUCCAUUUAGACCUUAUCACAAAAUUGAAGAUGGCAAAUAAUAAUAAUACAUAUUUGCAGUUAGUUUUGAUCAAAGUUGAUGCUUAAUUUUCUAGAACUUCUUUGCAGGUUAAUGAAACUUCUGUGAUUUUUUUAAAAAUUUUUAUCUGUUGCCUCCUAUACAAUGCUGUGCCAACAAAUUUAUGAAUUUAAAGUAACGAUUGACUGUGUAAAAGGGUUUUAAUUCUUAUAUAUGAUGAUACUUCUUUUUUCUUUGAUAAAUGUCAUGAGCCUGUGGCUCGGUUUUCAGUAAAGUGUAACCCAUGAGCCAUGAUGAGCCAUGAACAUCCUGUGAUGUUUGGAUGAAUGGGCUUUGAUUUGUGAAUUGCCAAAUGAGAAACUGAGACAUUGCAGACUUUAUUUUAGGAAGCCACAAUGCCAGGUGAGCUCUUAAUAACCUUUGCUUACAUGGUGAAGGCUUGUAGUUGUGCAUCUAAUGGAUUUGUUCAGGAGUGUGCACAAUGUGAAUAUCAUGACAUCUUACAUAACUUUGCAGAUAUCAAAAGGGAGACUUACCAUACUUCCAUACUUGUACAGCCAGUGAUUUGUGAAGACUUGGAUGCUGUUCUUCAAUGUAAAGAAAAGUGUCAUGCAAAGGUUGAUAGUUGGAUUCCAAAUAAACCACAUCAUUCUUUUGUCAGCCCAUUUGCUAAGCCUAUGUCAGCGUUUUGUCUCAUUUCAACACAAAGUCCUUGUUCAUGCUGUACAUGUUGCAUUGAAGACUUAAAGUCUAAAAAUAAAAAAUGUCUUCUAUAAUGAUUUCCCUGAGAUUCCACUUGCCAGCCACUUCUGUUUACACUGCUAUCCUCUGUACUUUCUACUGCUUGGUUUUGUGUGUUUGUUGUACAGUGACUGAAAUAAAUAAGAUCCAUCCAUGUG